CACACAUUCGCAAUCCACUAUGCUAUUGCCGUCAAUAUUGAUACUGUUAGGUAUCUUCACAUUAACGACCGCACAAGCCCUCGCUCUACGUCCUGCGAAUCCCCUCAUAUGCGCUCCAACCGAAAAAUGUCAUUUCUUGCAGGACCAGUAGCACAAUGCUUGCUCGUUCUUGCACCAACCCCAAGGACACGCAUCGACGUUGGGCCGGAACUUACAACACCACUAUUAACGCCUCCACCAGCAACACAGCUAGCCACUACACCUCCAUUUGUGGGAAUUCCUCCAGCCCUUCCUUCUCCUACAAUUACAAUGCAACCUCCCACUACUACAACACCACUAUCACCUUUAGCUCCAUUACUGAGCCUUCUAAAUGGAGGCGCUCCUCCAAUCAGUUUACCGACUCUUCCUCCUCCACCGACCACCACAACAACUCCACCUAUAGACAUUUGCCGAUUACCACCCUUAACAGGCACCUGUCGUCAUGCCAGGAUUAUGUGGUACUAUGACAACGAAACAGGGAUGUGCGAGCGUUUCAGCUUCAGCGGUUGCGGAAACCUCAACCGAUUCCCGAGCAAAAUGCAGUGCGAAAUGACGUGUCUCCGACGGGGUCGAAAA